AGGCCCCUUCCGCCAUCUCCAAAAUCAGUGAAUAGAGUCUUCGUCACAUCACAUGGCUCUGAUUUCUUCAGUAGUCACGUCUCCCUCUGAAUCUUCUAUUCCUCUUUCACUCUUGAAGACCUUUGUGAUUAUGCUGAGCCCAUCCAAGUAAUCCAGGAUAAUUUCCUGAGCUGCAGAGUCCCUUUGUCCUGUAAGGUCACACAGGCAGUCCUUCUUAGAUUGGCUACCUGACUCCAUUUUGGAGCCCUGAACCAGAGUGAUGCCAUUUUGCAUAUCAUGUUUCACAUUUCCAUCUCUUGACAUGAGGAAGCACUGAUGAUCAAUCAUCAGUUGGUCAGCCACAGAUGUGGUUGCACUGCCGUGAUCCAUCACCUUCCAAAGAUGCAUCCUGACUUAUCUCCACACUUGCACACUGAAGAAUGCAACAUCUUGAUUAACUUGCUUAAGGAAUGUCACAAAAAUCACAACAUUCUGAAAUUUUUUGGUCAUUGCAACGAUCUUGAUCGGAAGAUGAGAAAAUGCUUGAACAAAGAGUACAUGGAAAAGAGGACCAAGAGCAGGGAGCUUGGUGAAGCGAUGCGAAAGAGACUUGUUAAGCCUCCAGAGGAAUCUGAAAAAUAAAUUAUAUUUCCAUUGGAUGCCUUGGCUAAGAGAAGAUUCUUGGUUGAUAGCUGAAAGAAUCCUGUCUUAUUUGGUCUCUAGAAUCCUUUGAAUGGAAAGUGACCCAUGAGAAACUGGACUAUGGAGAAAUAUGAAAACCCUGGAUUCUGAAUAUCUGUUGGGAAGAGCCUUUAGUACCAUCCCUCCUCUGCCAGCAAACCUGACUUCUACCAUGUUUCUUCCCUUUGUUUACAACCAGUUAACAUUUAAGUAACUUAUCUCCCUCAAUAAAAUAAUUUAUUUAAA